GCCGGCCCCGCACUGCUGAGGAGCGGAGCCUCCGCCCGAGGGGACCCCCAUCCCUGGCUGUCCCCCAAUUGCGCGUCCCUGCCCCACCCCCGCGGCCGAGCCACCACUGGUGUGGCGGUCUCCGCUUGGCGGAGGAGCCUUGAGCGGCCACCCGGUCCCUUUCCACAGGCUCUUUGCAUCUUGGAUUUCGGGGCAGCCCCCUCCCCCACCCCUCCCUCGCCUCCUUGCACCCCUAUUUUUCCUGCGUCUCGCUCGGCUUUUGCAGCCGUCUAUUUUUGCAUCCCUUUUCAUUUUGUUUCUAGAAGGUUGAGGGGGGGGUGAGGCUGCAUCGCACCCCUUCCUCUUUCUAACCUCCGCUGCUCUGACAGCCCCCUUUUCAUCGCAGGUGUGGGGGGGGUCUAGGAUCGGUGCAUCCUACGCCGCGCUGCCAGCGCCCCGCAGCGCGUGGCCGUGCACCCCGGAAUUUGCAGCGGCUGCCCAUCCGAGGAGGGUCUCCCUCGCCCCCGCCGCCUUUGCUCCCCGCGCGUUCCGGAGCGUGGCGGGGCUUCCGCGCGCCGCACCCCAGCUUCUCCGCAGCCCCCCGCCCCGCGCGGGACUCGCCCCCCACCGCCAAGAUGGUCAUCCAGAAGGAGAAGAAGAGCUGCGGGCAGGUGGUUGAGGAGUGGAAGGAGUUCGUGUGGAACCCGAGGACGCACCAGUUCAUGGGCCGCACCGGGACCAGCUGGGCCUUUAUCCUCCUCUUCUACCUCGUCUUCUAUGGCUUCCUCACGGCCAUGUUCACCCUCACCAUGUGGGUCAUGCUGCAGACGGUCUCCGACCAUACCCCCAAGUACCAGGACCGACUGGCCACACCGGGUUUGAUGAUUCGCCCCAAGACUGAGAAUCUUGAUGUCAUUGUCAAUGUCAGUGAUGCUGAAAGCUGGGACCAACACGUUCAGAAGCUCAACAAGUUCUUGGAGCCUUACAACGAUUCCAUCCAAGCCCAAAAGAAUGAUGUCUGCCGCCCUGGGCGCUAUUACGAACAGCCAGAUAACGGGGUCCUCAACUACCCGAAGCGUGCCUGCCAGUUCAACCGAACCCAGCUGGGCGACUGCUCUGGCAUCGGGGACCCGACCCACUAUGGUUACAGCACCGGGCAGCCCUGUGUCUUCAUCAAGAUGAACCGGGUCAUCAACUUCUACGCGGGAGCAAAUCAGAGCAUGAACGUUACCUGUGUGGGGAAGCGAGAUGAAGAUGCUGAGAAUCUCGGCAACUUCGUCAUGUUCCCCGCCAACGGCAGCAUCGACCUCAUGUACUUCCCCUACUAUGGCAAAAAGUUCCACGUGAACUACACGCAGCCCCUGGUGGCCGUGAAGUUCCUGAACGUGACCCCCAAUGUGGAGGUGAACGUAGAAUGCCGUAUCAAUGCCGCCAACAUCGCCACGGACGAUGAGCGAGACAAGUUUGCGGGCCGCGUGGCCUUCAAACUCCGCAUCAACAAAACCUGAGGCCCCUUCCUCCUGCCCCCACCUCUUUCCUAUGGAUGCUUCUGGAAUGUCCCUGACCCUUCCUGAUCCCUCCCUCACCCGCCCCAAAGGUAUUUUUUAUAACAGAGCUAUGACUUGUUUGAGCCUCACGCCCCUUUUCUUUCCUUGUGACCCCAGCCUGAAGGCCAAUGUGAUUCCCUGCCUUCCCACGGUCUCCGCCCUCUCCUCCCCUCCCCUCCCCUCCCCUCCCCUCCUUUCUCCUCCUCUCCGGAUUCCGGAUUCCGGCUUAGUCAGAGGCAGGGAGGCAGGAACCCAGGAAGGCCUGCUGGCAGAGGAGUUAGGGACUGUUCUGGUUCUGGUUCACUUGUUGAGUGUGGUGUCGCCACCCUUGCUGUCCCCGGAGAGCAAUAGAAAAUGCCUGCCCGCCCGCCUUCACACCUGCCCACCCUUGCAGCCGCCUUCCCCUCCACCCCCCACCUUCUCACCUUCCCACCUGCACACCUAGCUUUGCAUCUGCCUUCACACCCCACACCCACCGUCUAACCCUCCCGCCUUCACACCUGCCUUCACACUCAUCCACCUCCCCUGCCCCCCAUCUCAUUUCACCCCUGGUUUGCAGACACCUUCCUCUGUCUCUCCCAAGCUUUCUGCCUCAUGGACACAGUCACUAUCUCGUCGAUGGCUUUUGACUUACCCGGCUCCUCCAGCAUUGGCGGUGUGUCCCCACCCCCCUCCAUCCCCCUUCCUGCCUCUGAAAGACAGCUGUUUGAAACUGAGGACGAGGGGGCUCUGGCCUUUUCCCUGUCUUCCGGCACAUUUUCCUUCUCACCCUGUGGUGACUGGCGCGAGCUGGGAAGGAGGGUCUGGAAGAGGAGUCCCGGUUGGUUCUUCUUGAAAGUUCUCUUCCUGUCAUCCACACAGGCACUCCUCGGAGGGAUGGGGUUGACCUAGGCUGAACAUCCACUUUGCUUUUUGCCGCCGACGGCGCACUGCUUCCCUGUUUGUUUUCCCAGAAUAUCCUUCAAGUUCCACUUGCCCGGAGCGCUGGGGGAGGGCAGCCAUUUUGGCUGGGUCCCCAGUGGCCACCUUGGAAACAGCUGGCUCUGGGACUAUUUCACCUCCUUCCCCUGGGCCCGGAGGCCCCCCCCCCCCCCCCCCGCCUUUGGCUUCUUGUAGCACGUUGUCCACUAAUCACUAACUCCCUCCCUCUCCUCCGCAUGUCAGCCUAAACGCUGCAAGCAGCCCCCCAGUCUAGGCUCUGAAUUUUUGGCCCCAUCUCCUUCGGGACCCCUUGGUGUUUUUUAAAUGACCCCAUAGUGCCCAUAGAAUGUUACAUGAGGGGCCUCUGGUGUUCUUGAGUGUGAGUGCCCUUCCUUUCUGCCCUCUCUAACUCCCCAUUUCUUUUCUGACACUGCAGUCUCCCCACACCCCCCCUCAUCUGGACCCUCCCCUCCUUCCCUCUCUCUCUGGAUCUGAGUCUCUCUCCUUGGGGUCCCCAUGUUCUCCUGCAUCCCCCUCGCUCCAGUGGUCUCUCUCUGCAGUUAUUUAAUGCCUGUGUCAGAUCUACUGUAAAAAGAAGAUAAAGUACAAUAAAAUAAGAGCAAUUAUAUAUAUAAAUAUAUAUCACACAUGGA